UGCCGCACCCAGAACUGUUUCUCUUUGCGCGAAUCGCGAUGACUUGGGCAGGCAUCUGGAAACUAGAACUACCUGAGCCGUUCAGAGGUUUUACAAGGAUCUAUCCCAUUUAUUCUAUAAUGAUUUGCGCGAUAUGCGCCUCUUUACCUCUGCUGUUGGGAUUAAAUUUACCAUAUCUUCUGGAAAAUGACCCAAGCGAAGCGAACGAGGCCCUACCAAAACUACUGUAUUAUUGAUGGCUAAAUUGUUUUCGUAUCAGUCCGAAAGUUCGAAAUACGUGCUCGCAGAAGCCAUCAAAGAAGAGACCAUUUUGCAUCAAUACGGUGACGAUAUUGCCAAAAGAAUUUACAAAAAGCACGUCCUGUUUUACAAUCGUCUCAACAAAUUUAUUUUCGUUUCAGCCGCAUCUUCUGUUGUUCUGUUAUGGGAACUUGGAAUAGCAGGUAGUUACAAAUAUCACAGACUAUGGAAAAACGAGAAUCAAACUUUAAAGAAACCUCUGCCACUCACUUUCUGGUACCCUUUGGAUGAAAGCAAAGUCCAUAUCUGGGUUCUGGUUGAGCAGCUACUAACUGCGCAUUAUUAUUCGUAUCGGUGCAUAUGUUCAGUAACUCCAUGUUGAUUUAUAUGAGGGGACAGUUGAAAAUAUUACAAUACAACUUUUGCAAUUUUUUCGAAAACAUGGCUGAAAGGGAUAGAAAUGAUAGCUUUACAGCAUUGAAGUUCCUGUGCGAAAAACAUCAAAAACUAAUUAUGUACAUCAAUACAGUGAAUUAUGCUUUCAAAAACGUAGUAUUUUUUUAAUAUACCAUCUCUUCCGUAAUAUUAGGUACAUCAAUUAUUCAAAUGACUGCGGGCGGCAACAUCACCUACAAAUUCACCCAUUUAUUCGCAGUGACCAGUCAACUAUUGCUAUUAGCUUGGUAUUCUGACGAAAUUGUAUUCCAGAGUGUCGAGUUGGCACCGGCACUUUAUCAAAGUAAAUGGUACGAAUGCAGCAAAGAAUCUAGAGUCCUGAUUAGCAUAAUGCUGAUGAGAUGUCAGAGGCCUUUGACGAUCGAUAUAGGUUCUUUUGGACCAAUGACCGUUCAGUCCGCAGCUACUAGGUUGAAGUUGGCUUAUUCGUAUGCAUCAGUUAUGAUGAAGUGAAUAUGUAAAUCCACAUUGGUGAAUAUACGAACAGAUAAAAUAUUUAUGAAUUAAUACGAUAAAGUUUUAAGAAUUAAAAAUUCUAAAACUACAUUUGUAUAAGGGCGCU